AUGGCUUACGUGAAGAAGGACCAGGGCGCGGCGCAGGAGACGCAGCGCGUGCUCGUGAAGAUGACGAGCCGCAACGCGAAGGCCGUGGAGAAUGUGAUGAUGGAGCUGCUGACGCACGCGCGCAACGAGAAGGUGCAGGUGCGCGGACCGGUGCGCCUCCCCACACGCACGCUGAAGAUCACGACGCGUAAGACGCCGUGCGGUAACGGUACGAACACGUGGGACACGUACGAGAUGAAGAUCUACAAGCGCCUCGUCGACCUGCGCGCCCCGACGGAGUUGGUGAAGAAGAUCACGUCCUUCCCCAUCGACGCCGGCGUGGACGUCUCCAUCACGAUCCCCGACGACAAGUAA